GUUAAUUGGCUCAUAGAAUUCUACAAGAAAAGCUGCUACGGACAAACUGAAUGUUAGAGUAUCCUGUUGUUCAUCUCUUGGACGGGGAUUACAACUUACUCCAGUGUUUGCCCAUGGAAAUCUCCAAAAGACGACUCUGUUUAUAUUUCGAUUACUUUCUCUAAAAUUUCUCCACAGCUCAAAAACAAAUGGAUUCUUACCUGUCACGAGCACUAUCUCCCGACGAGGCCUCUCCGUAUUGGCACAACAAAGGAGACAGUGCAUGGCAACUGACGGCAACCACGUUGGUGUGCCUGCAAAGUGUACCGGGUCUGGUAAUCCUCUACGGGAGCAUGGUGAAGAAAAAGUGGGCCGUCAACUCUGCCUUCAUGGCUUUUUACUCGUUCGCUAUGACCCUCCUCUGUUGGGUCCUAUGGGCUCAUCGCAUGUCCUUCGGCUCCCUAACUCCACUAAUUGGCAAGCCUGAUGUGUCGCUCAACCAGAAGUAUCUUCUCUUGCAGUCUGAUCACAAGUGGGUGCCAAUUGCUGAUUUCGUAUUUUACCAGUUUGCUUUUGCCGCCAUUACAGUCAUAUUGUUAGCCGGGUCGUUGCUUGGGAGGAUGAAUUUUUACGCCUGGAUGCUGUUUGUUCCUUUCUGGUUGACGUUUUCCUACACGGUUGGAGCAUGCACCAUCUGGGGCAAUGGGUUUCUUUCAAAGCACAUAAUUGAUUAUGCAGGUGGUUUCGUCAUUCAUCUUUCUUCUGGGGUUGCUGGCUUCACUGCUGCUUAUUGGGUGGGUCCAAGACAUUCGCAUGAUAGACAGAAUUUUCCACCAAACAAUAUAAUUCACAUGCUGGGAGGUGCAGGGUUUUUAUGGAUGGGAUGGACUGGGUUCAAUGGUGGAGCUCCGUUUGCUGUAGGACGGAUAGCAUCUUUAGCUAUUGUCAACACCCACGUGUGUACAGCCACCAGCCUCUUGGUCUGGGUUUGUUUGGACAUGUCUGUGUACAAGAAAAGCUCUGUGAUUGGGGCGGUGCAGGGGAUGAUAACAGGUCUCGUCUGCAUCACGCCUGGCGCAGGGAUAGUGCAGACAUGGGCGGCAUUGGUGAUGGGAGUGACGGCAGGGUCAGUGCCAUGGUACACCAUGAUGGUUCUGCACAAAAGAUCAGCAUUUUUUCAGAGCGUUGACGACACACUUGGAGUUUUCCACACCCACGCCGUGGCUGGUGUGUUGGGCGGGUUCUUCUCCGGCCUUUUGGCUGAACCCAAGCUUCUGAGGAUGAUGUACGGGGCUGACACCUCUUUCGGUCCGGGCUUACUCUACAGUUUCAAAGAUGGAAAAUUCCACGAUGGUUUUAAGCAGAUUGGUUACCAGCUUCUGGGAACGGUUUUCAUCUCUGCAUGGAACGCCGCCAUAACCAGCUUAAUUUGCAUCUUCAUAAGCCGCAUGGUUAAUCUCAGGAUGGAUGAGGAAGACCUUGAGAUUGGGGACGAUGCCGCGCACGGUGAGGAAGCUUAUGCCCUGUGGGGAGAUGGAGAAAGGACCCCAAAACCCUUUCGUCUCCGCAUACCGCCAAACAUUCCUUCCAUUUGCAGGCAUUUACUUAAUUCAUCCCGAAAUUUGUAACCAUUAUUAAUUAAAUAGUUGAUGCUCUUACAGUAAAAAAUAUGAAUUUCAAUUAUAUCAUGUAUAUUCUCUUUAAAAAAUUACGUUAUCAAUCUUAUUCGGA